GGUGUGCCUAAGAUCGACGUGACUUUCGAUCUGGACGCCAACGGUAUACUGAACGUGUCGGCGAAAGACAACAGUUCUGGUCGGUCCAAGAACAUCGUCAUCAAGAACGACAAAGGCCGUUUGUCCCAAGCCGAAAUCGAUCGGAUGCUCAACGAGGCGGAACGGUACAAAGAGGAGGACGAACGGCAAAAAGAGAAGAUCGCAGCCAAGAACCAGCUGGAGAGCUACGUGUUUAAUGUGAAACAAGCGUUGGACGACGCUGGCAACAAGUUGAACGAUUCCGAGAAGAAUACUUGCAAACAAGAAUGCGACGCAGUCGUCCAGUGGUUGGAUAACAAUCAGUUGGCCGACAAAGAAGAAUUCGAGUAUAAGCUGAAAGAAAUCCAAAAGAAGUGCUCGGGCGUAAUGAUGAAAUUACACGGAGGACAAGCCGGAGGACCUCAAAUGCCGUCUGGUGGUGCUGGAUUCCCUGGAUCGCAUUCUCAAGGACCUACUGUUGAAGAAGUCGAUUAAACCCGUCGACAUGAAUGAUCUCGUAAUUUGUAUUUGUAAAUAUCAUAUUUCCUAUUUAUUAUUUUAUUCGAACAAGGCUGAUAUCGUGUUAAUAUUUAUUGUGUAUAAUUAGUUUUAAUUAU